CCGAAGGGCGACGGGCGACGCCUGGGGAGUCGGGGACGCGCAAGAGGCCGCACUGCUGGCCAUCACACAACAAUGCAACCGGCUUCCAUCACUUUCCACUUACCCCAUCCUCAAACGUCAUUGCCCCCGGGGACAAACGAAAUCAUCUCCCUCUCGUAGCUCUCAUGUCAAAAGAAAUAUCCCAGAAACACGAGGAGCAACCCACGUUCGCCCCGUCAGUCGCGCAAAGCAUGCCCGCCCUCGGAAAAGAGGACCACUUGGUUCACGGCCACAAAGAACUUUCAAACACACAGUUGCAGCAGGAAAUGGGGAAGGACAACGGGGAUGGUGAGUCGAGGCAGGAAGAACCAACAGUGGAUGCUCCCGCAGAGACCAAUGGCAAUAAAGCGGAAGCCAGCGGGACACCGGUACCGAACAUAGCUUCCGACGACGCACCCGUGCAUACCACAGAGGCAUCCCCAUCCGCAGCUGCCAUCCCAUCCGUACAGGCCGCCAUCUCCUCCCCACCCUCCUCCGCCCCCGCUGCCCCUCCACCAGCAGCUGCCAUCGAUACAUCCUACCGCCUCAAACGCAUCACCUACCUAGACCCGCGCACCAACAUCCCCCGCCAACUGCAAAUCCUCACCCAAAACGCCAACGGCCCUUGUCCCCUCAUUGCGCUCUGCAACGUCCUGCUCCUCCGCGGGGACAUUGAGAUCAACGGAACGAGGUCAGAGGUGGAUUUCGAGUACAUCGCCCAGUUGAUCGGAGAGUGGGUCAUGUGUCGGUUACCGGAUACAUCACCCACAGCCAACGGGCCGCCGGAGAUGUCCACCGAGACACCCGGAGAAUCAACAGCUGCAUCUCCAUCAACCCCCCGCGCAACCGACUUCUCCCAAAACCUCACCGACGUCUUACACCUCAUCCCCACUCUCCAAAAAGGCCUCGACGUGAACGUCCGCUUCGACACCCCCUUUGCAUUCGAAGUCACGCCCGCUUUACUUAUCUUUGAUCUGUUCCGCAUCACCCUGUGCCACGGGUGGACAGUCGACCCGCAGGACGAGGAGACGUACCGUGUCGUCGUGGGCGAGUGUGGGAGCUAUAACGCGGUUGUGGAGAGGAUUGUAGCUGGGGAUGCUGUUGCUGAUGGGAAGGGGGAUAAUACAAACUCACCCGCACCCGCACCCGCCCCACCCACCCCAGAAACCCUCCACACUGCCCUCGUCUGCCAAUCCUUCCUCACCUCCACGGCUUCCCAACUCACCUACCACGGCCUCCAAUCCCUCACGGACUCCCUCCCGCCCAAUUCCCUCAGCGUGCUUUUCCGCAACAACCACUUUGCAACCCUCUACAAGCGUGUUCACCCGCCGCCUGUGCUGGGGAAGGGAAAAGCCAAGGAUGAAGGGAAUGGCGAACCGCAGACGACGGCCCUGUAUACACUCAUCACCGACCAGGGCUUUGCGGACGUGGACGGCGCGGUGUGGGAGACGAUGGAUGCCGUGGAUGGGGAUUCGGCGUUCCUGGAUGGGUUCUUCCAGCCGUUUCAUCAUACGCAACAUGCCGGUCACGUACCACUGCAACAGGGGGAGGAUGGUGUGGCUGAUGGUGGUGGUGGGGAGGGGAACGCGGAUUUGGCGCUGGCGAUGGCGUUGCAGAGGGAGGAGGAUGAGGCGGCUGCUAGCAGUCAACAGUUCCAACAGCAACAGCAACAAGCACAGCAACGGCAGCGGCAGGAUGGGAGUCAGCGGAAGGGGCAGAGUCAGGCAAAGGCGCAGGGGAGGGGUGGGAAGCAGCAGGAGGCGCCGAAGCAUGCGGGGCAGGCGGGGAAGAAGGAUAAGUGUUCGGUUAUGUGAUAGGCGAAGAUACCUCCCGUCAGUAUUGCGGCACAAGGUGCGCUGAACUGUACAUAAUGCAAACUGCCCUCAAUCUUUCUCAGGAAAAAAGCCCCUACUCCAUCAAACGGAAUCUAAUGUGGACACUUGUUAUCUGCAUAUAUUCUAAGCAUAUAUAUA